CUGAUAGGCAGCACUGAUGCACACUGAUAGGCGGCACUGACUGGCACUGAUUGGUGGCACUGAUUGGCAGCACUGAUAGGUGGCACUGACUGGCAUUGAUAGGUGGCACUGAUGGGUGACACUGAAAGGCAGCUCAGAUGGGCACUGAUAUGUGGCAUUGAUGUGGCACUGAAAUGUGGCACUGAUGGGCAUUGGCAGCUGGCACUGAUGGACACUGACAGGUGGCGCUGCUGGGGCUACACAGAUCAUCAGGGCACACUGUUCAUCACUGUCAGCGUGACAGCUCGUGGGGAGAGAAAUAUGAUAACCGGC